AGGGAAUGUAUACAAGUCUUCCUGAAAGAACUUGCGCUGAGCUUCAUUUCUCUGAUCUUUGUUUUUUGCAAAGUAGCAUAUGAAAAGGUCAGAUACCACCUUUGCAUACGUGAUGGGCUAUUUGAAUGUAGCAUCGACUGGUAAUCAGAUUGUCAUUUCCUAAUCAAAAGAGGGAGAAAAGGACACUGGGUUUUUCUUUUAAAACCUUGGCUACCAGUCAAUAAACAAAACUGAGGAACAGAGGAAGAUGUGACACAAUAGCAGGGAAGUCAAAAAUGUCAGUUGGCUCAGAAAGUGAAGCAGAAACAGAGAAAUAUCACUUUACAUGUAAACGUAUUAUUAGUUAAAAGACAUGUUCGUUAUAGAGGAAGUUGCAUUUCUGCAGAUCAUGCUGUAUUUCUGUGGAUAUGACUUUACACAACACACAUGCCUAGUGAAAGGUUUGUGCAUACACACUCAUAAUGAGAAUCAGGACGAGGAAGGCUGGACAACUAUCACACACGGAAGUGUUAUGCAGCUACUGACUAAUAAACAACAGGAGCUACAGGGGGCUGGUUGUUUGUAGCAGCUGCUAACAGGUCAUAAUAUGUAAAGCUUAUAGGUUACAGAAGAUAUUCAAAAAUACAUGAAUAAAAGUUACAGUGCAGUUUAGGAAAUAAUUGGACCAAAGGAGAUUGGAACAAACUUGGAUGGAAAAAGGGAAAGUAGGGGAGGAUGACACGAGACAUUUGGAUUACAUUUUUACAGAAACCCUCCCAACCCUGGUAGGUUUAGCUUUGUAUUGUUGCUAAACCUGACGAACUGGUAGUAGGGCGGGAUAUAAACGAUGGAAUGUUUCCAUGUUUUGAGUCACAACACGCUGCUCAGGUUUCCUCCCCUCUGAGAGUUUAACCUGCUUUGCAUCACGUAGCGUAAGAUGCACAUCCAACAGGUUAAUCUGCUGCUGCUGAACGUCUUGUCCCAUUCGCAGUGUGCCUUGUCAGAUUGGCUGUGACUGAUUUAGGAGAGCCACGCUGCCGAGAUGUUUUACAGAUUAAAUACAAUCAAAACUCUCUUGUCCCUUCUGAGCAUCGCUGCCAUUUACUUGCUGUAUGGAUCCACGUGGAAUUUAUCGGUGUAUUUCCCGGACCAUGGGAGCUCCAGAAGUUGUGACUGUCACACAUGUUUAGGGGACGGAGAUCCGUGGUUUAAAGAGACUUUCAACGCAGUUCCAAGACCCUUUCUGUCAAAAACACAUCGGACAUCGCUGGAAGAAUACAAUUGGUGGAAGACAUUACAGUACGACCACCGCAACUUCACUCAGUUCAACGCAACGGUGGAAAAACUGUUUAAGAUCUUCCCACCAGUUCCAGAUGUUGUCGAAUCGAACCCUGACCGCUGCGUCAGCUGUGCUGUGGUGGGGAAUUCGGGAAAUUUGAAGCGAUCACACUAUGGACCUCUCAUAGAUGCUCAUGAUUUAGUAAUACGAAUGAACCACGGCCGUACCAAAGGAUUUGAAAAAGAUGUUGGGACCAGAACAACUCAUCAUAUACUCUAUCCAGAGAGUGCCAUUAAUUUGCCAGACAACACUAGUCUUGUGCUGUUUCCAUUCAAAACUACAGAUUUACUGUGGCUCAUAAACAAGUUCAAACCAAGUGAAGGAGCUGCUGGAAACACAAAGAGAAUAGCUAACAAGGAUUUGGUGAUGAUCCUCAAUCCAGCGUUCAUGAAGCAUGUCCAUCAAAACUGGCUGGAAAAGAAAGGCAGAUAUCCAUCCACUGGCUUCAUGACUGUAAUUCUCAGCCUGUUCAUGUGUGAUCAGAUCAGUGUUUUUGGGUUUGGAGCGGACAACGAAGGAAACUGGAACCAUUACUAUGAGAUUCUCAAAAACCAUAAUCUGAGAACUGGACCUCAUCCUGGAGCUCAGGAAUAUGGAGUUAUGCAGAAACUAAACACGAAGAAGAAGAUACGUCUUUAUACUGGAUUUUAAAUGUUUUUUUAAUGUUUAUUCAUCCAUUUGUUAAUUUCAUAAACAUGAACCGAAAAAUUGUGAAUAUGUGACGUGAGGUGCUUAUAGAUCCAGUCUUAAUAGUUUACAAUAGUGAACAUAUGUAAAUAAGUUGUAUCAGUACAGUAGUAAUUUAAAAUAACAUCAAUUGAAAGUGAUGGUUUAGUUACAGAAGGAAGUUACAUUUUAGAAACUUCGGCUGCUAUCCUUUAAAUAAGUUAAUCAAAUGUGUCUUUGUUUCUUUUUCUACCACAAUUUGGAUUCUUCUUCUUUCCUUUUUGAAGUUAAACUUUGUGUAUGUGUUGUUUAUGAAUAUGCAAAGCUGUGACACAGGUGUUGCUGAUAAAAAUCAAUAUUGGCUGUG